CCCUCGGCGCCUGCGCGUGGUUUCGCUUCGUGCGGCGGCGUGUGGAGCGCUCGGGGCGGCCUGCGGGGCUCUGUGGCGCCAUGGCGCCCGUGCUGAACCUCAACAACGAGGUUGUGAAGAUGAGAAAAGAUGUGAAGAAGGCCAGAGUCCUCACUAUUCGCAGACUAACCAGACACAUCGGGAAAUUAAAAUCGAAAAAGGGUUCAGAAGACUUGAAAUUAAAGAACCAAAAACGAGUUGAGAGAUUAAUAGAAGAAAUCCAUGCCAUGAAGGAAAUAAAACCAGAUGAAGUUACCAGACUUGCUCUUAGGACAGAAGUUAAUUUUGAAAGUGUCUGCAAAAAGCCAAACUGUACUGCAGCUGAGCGAGCCAUGGCAAGACUUGCAACACACCCCACCUUGAAGCCCAGAUUUGUUGAACUUAAAGCUGCUGUUAAAGCUUUUAAGGAUGCAAGGAAGAACCCAGAAAAAGCCACUCCUGUAAAAAAGGAUCAGUCAGAAGAAAAGCCUAAAUCAGCACAACAUUCCAAUAACAACUUGGAUGACCAAGUUUGUAAGCGGCCUCAAAAACAGCAAGGAUGUGAACACAAAACAAAACCAGGCAUGAAAGUAGAAACUGACAAAGUGGUUGAAGAGCUCUGUGAGAGUGAAUCUGAGCAGAAAACUGUGGAAAUAGAGAGAGUGUAUGCUCCAGAAGAACCUUCAUUUCAGGCAGUAGAAAUGCAAACAGUUACUCAAAACAAAACAGGAAAGAAACUUGACUAUCAAAAAAGGGAAGAAAAUAUGAGUAUGAACAAAUUAAAUGUGAUAAAAGAAAGAAAUGAUGAUAGUGACCAAGAGCAUACCAAUGAAAAGGAAUACUUUGAUGAUAGUACUGAAGAGAGGUUUUAUAAUGAGUCAUCAGAUUCUGACAGUGACAGCAAUGAUGAUUUCUUUAUUGGAAAAGUAAAAAAGAAGAAAAAAGUAGCAGCAGUUAAUAAUUUUUCUUCAACAAAAGAAAAGGGUAGUGUUCAGAAAAAUGUGAUGAAAACAGAGAAGAGUACAGAGACUGGGACAGCACAGGAUUUGAUCAUGGAAGAGAGAAAAUCACUUGCAAAAGCAAGCAAGCUGGAGUCAGUGUUCUGCAGUUCUUUAUCUACUACCAAUCAGAAAUCUCAGAACAGAAGAAAUACUAAACACCAGCCUCUCAAAAAGGAAAGAACAGGUUUUCUUAAAAAUGAAACAAAGCUCAAGAAGAAACCAUUUGCAAAAGCUUCAGGGGAUAUUAAAUGCAACAAUAAGAAAGCAUCUUUGGAGCAGCCUCUUCAUCCUUCUUGGGAAGCAAGCAGGAGGCGCAGAGAGCAAAUGUCUCAAAUUACAGCAUUCCAGGGGAAAAAGAUUAAAUUUGAUGACUAGACUAUACAUAAAUGGGGGUUCUAAGAAAAAUUUUUUCGCAGCUACUGUUUGAACAUCUUUGUUGUACUGUCCAUAUCCUUCGCAACCUACAAAAUUGCAACUAUUAUUUACCAUUGAAGAAUACCGAGAUUGUUUAAUUCAUUCUGCUGUCUGGUGAUUAAUGUAAUGGCCAUUUGGUUCAUAAGUCCCAUUAUGCAGUACCACCAUUCAUUAAAUAUACCCUGACGUGAAUAAAGGGUUUUUAGGAGCAUAAUUUGUGCCCUAUAGGAAUAGUACACAUUCUCUGGAGAGGAGUUUGGAAGGGUUUGUGGUUGGUUUUUUUUUUUUAAUAUGUAAAAAAUUGUGCUUUGUAUGAGAAUUUGGUUGUCAGAAGAAAGGUUCUGUAUUGUCAUAUCUCAACUGAGACAAAGUAAAAGAUUCUUAAACUUGAAGAGACUUUAUAAAUUCAUCAGUGUAUCAGGUAGCUGGAAAAGUCAAUCCAUUUUAAGCAUAAUAUGAAAAUUUCUGGAGAGAAUAAAAUAUUGUGCUUUUAAAUUGUGAUCUCUGUCCUCUGAUUAUACUGCCAAUUUGAAGAAAUGAAGAGGUGUCUUUAAUACUUUGUUCUGGUAGUUAUGUCUGGAUUCUUCAACAUAUGUGGCUUGUACUUUCUGAAAGAAUGUGAAAACGUGAAGAAACUUUGUACAUUAAGAAGCAUUUGACUUUUAAGUACCAGUCUGACACUGUGAGGAGUUCUGAUUAGAAUAUGACAAAAAAAGUUCAUUGAAUACUUCUUCAAGUGCUUUUUCUACUACCUAAUUGAAAGAAAUUCUCAACGUGUAAUUAAUCUUUAAUAGUGUUGUUUAUUUAAAUAUAGAUACCUUUCAUAAUCAAAUUAAUUCAUAAACUUGGUAAAUGACUGGACUGUACUAUUCAUGUAGCAUUUCGGGAUGCUUGAGGAAAGCCCUGCAUCACCCCAAAGGCCCAUCUAACCUAGUAUAUUUGAAAGUAGUUAAAAAAUAAUGAUUUAAGAACAGAAGGAGCACACAGUG